UUCCUUAGGUAAAAUGGAGAUUGUCAAUUCUAAAGGCUCCUUUCUCUCCAGCUUUCUCAUCUUCCUCUUGCUUGAGACACAUACACUGGCUUCAGAGCAAUUUUCAGUGAUUGGACCUACAGAACCCAUCCAGGCUUGGGUAGGAAGAAAGGCAGACCUACCAUGUUACCUGUCUCCCCAAAAAAAUGCUCAAUCCAUGAAGGUUAUUUGGUUCCAAUCUCUGGAAAUAGUGCAUCACUAUGAAGAUGGGCAGGAUAAGUUUGACAAUCAAAGCCCUAAAUUCCAAGGGAGGACAGAGCUGGUGAAAGAUGCCAUCACUAGAGGAAAUGUCACCCUGAGGAUAUGGAACAUUACAGCCGCGGACAAAGGACACUACAAAUGCCAUUUUGAUGAUGGUUUGUAUCAAGAAGAAGCUGGAAUAGAACUACUUGUCUCAGGUGAGGAGUCAAAUGUGAAGUUCUAGAGAUUGGGGGCUUCAAUAUGAAGAAUUGGGAGGAUAUUUUUUCCCAUCUGAAUAAUGACAAGUUGAGGGUGGUUGUCAGAAGAGGCAGGGAAACUUGGGUCCUGAAAUAUGGAAACCAUGACAGGAAAUUUAAACCAGCUUAGCAAUAUUGGUCUCAGAGGUAAAGAAGGAAAAAGGAGAUGAGCAAAGGGAAAUAAUGAAAGAGAAAAAGAAAGAUGAGAGGGGACACUGGUGAUGAAAGAGAGAAAACAAAGAAGAAAGAAAUACUGGAUGAACCUAUACCUUUCCAUCUUAUCCACAACUCUAAUAUGAGAUAAUGGAUCAUGAGCUUUGCUAAAAUUAUAGGAAAACUCUAUCUACAGCAUUUCCCUCAUCUACUAGCCUAGUAAUCCUAUCAAAAAAGGAAAUGGUGUUUGUCUGGCACUGC